ACCGGCAAAACUCUAAACAGACAUUUUUUGAUGUACUAGGUGUCUAGGUAUAAUACAUAUAUAAGUACUACUAAAUUAUAGUUACAAAUUACAAUACAUUGUCAUCAUGACCAAAAUGAUAAAACAAACUUUAAGAACAUAAUGGUAUACUUAAUAUACAUAAUAUUAUAUUAUACAAUCAAUGGUUCAUAUUUGUAUCACUAAAUUUCCACUUCAACACAUAUCACAUGAACACAAAAAAAUAAAUAAAAACAGUUGUUGUAUUAUUUUAAAAUUAAAUUUACAAUGUAUUAAAAAUCUAUUAUAUUAGUUUGUACUCUGUAUAAAAAAUGAUGCAGUAUUUCUUUUUAAAUUUCUUUAAAAUUUGUUUUGAGUGUUUAGUAUUAUCGGUUGUUAUAUUGCCUACGAUAAGACUAUAAAAGUUUAAUACGGUCAGUAUGAAUAAAAGAUUUUCCAAUAUAACCAAAAAAAAACCAUUACAACAUCCGAAUAGUCAUUAUACAGACGUCAUAAUAAUCAAUACAAAUUGCCAAUUGGUCUAUCCAUUGAGUAAAUAAUUGGUCUAUCAUGAAUGGGGAUCACCUUAUCUUCUCUACAUUGUUAUCCUUAACCAGGCAACACUGGAUUUCACAUAUUCUGUGGUUGAACAUCAAGGAGUAUAUAUAAACAUUGUAAAAAUGCAGCUGUCGGUUUAUGCGUCACGUGAUGUAUACAGAAUUACAAAACGGGUUCAAAUUGACGAUUUAUGAAAACAUUUAGAAUGAAUUAUGAAAAAUCAAGUUCUUCCAGCGAUGAUGAUAAUGAUUUUGAUCGGCAAGGAUAUAAGAAGUGUUCGGGAUGUACUGGUUGGGAUCACCAGUUAAUAUGUUGUUCUGCUUGUAGAAGGUGCUAUCACAAUAAUUGCCAUAUUCCUCCGCUUCCUACAACUAUGGCCUAUACAGAUUUGAUGUCCUAUAAAUCUUGGACGUGUACAAUGUGCAUUGACAUAGAUCAUAUAUCUAAAGUCAUGCGCGAAAGAACUAGUAUUCCCACUGAAAGCCGUCUCGAUAACAACGAGAUGAUUAUGGCAUCACGCAUAUUAUUAGAGUUGAUUUGCGAUGAGAAAAAUAGUUUCCAGUUUAUAGAACUUCCAUUUAAAUACAGCGAUCCCCAUUAUUAUAAAGCUAUUAGUGCUCCAAUAUCAUUAAACUCUGUAAAAAAACGAUUAUUAUCCAAGAACAAUUACUAUAAAUCCUUCUCCGAAGUAUUAUUCAAUAUUAAAAAAAUAUACUCAAACAAUUUAUUUUAUUACUCUAGAGAUGAUCCUUAUCAUGCAAUGGCUCAAAGACAAGACUAUUUGCUAUUUCAAAUGCUUAAUAAAUGGGUUCCACAGUAUCGAUACUGCCUCAGUUUCACAGCACUUCCAAGUAUUAAAAGUGCAAAAAAAAAUGAUAUGGAAUGAUGGAAUGAUUAGGCUUAGUUUUUGUAUUUAAAUACUUUUAAAAUGUAUUAAAGUAAUUAAUGUAAUUUACAUAUAUAAUAUGCAUUUUUGUAAAGCUCAAUAUAAUUUAUCAAUGAUAAUGAAUGCCUAUUGCAAGCCAGCCUAAUCUUUCCUUGCUAGCUGAUUGUUAUCAUGCAAACCUGACAUUUAUUAAUGGUCUGCUGUCUGGCUCAAUUGACUCACCAACUGUUGUAUACUGUAAAUUUAAAAAUUAAAUUGUAAAUAUGUCUACGAUUUAUUUUAAGGGUUCUCCCACUAAGCAAUAAUAUCAUAAAUCAUACAUUAAUACAAUUUGUAUCUAAUAUUUGAUAUUUAUUUUCAACUUUCAAAAUUAUAAGUGACGGCUUAAAUUAAAAGCUUAAACCUAGUAUUAUAUUAACGUACAAAAUAUGAUAAUAUCAGUUUCAUACUUACUUGCUAAAAGAUUAAAAAAAAAUUAACUAUUGAAUAAUUUCUAGCUAUUUUUUGUCUAACUGAUCAUGUAGCUUAUAUUAUAUGUGUUAAUAUUUAAUAGUAAUCCAAGUAUUGAAACAGAAUUUAUGUGGAUAUUAUACCUUUUAUCUGAAAAAAUAAUUAUAUUAACCGUACGUUUGUACUUACUUAAAUAUUGAAAGAGUAAAUUCUAUAGGAUUAUUUGUUGAUUUCCUGUUAAAGUGGAAGAUUCAUAUUGACUAUUUUUUGCAACUAAGCUGUAAAUUAUUUUUUGUGUUCAGUGAUUUUCAAUCAAUGUUACCACAGAAUAUAUAAAAGUAAAAAUUAUAUUUUCAUUGUAUAAUCUGAUAUUACUCAAUAACAGCUGAGAGUUAUUUAUAUAUUGUUAUUUGUUUGUACAAACAGUUCAAGAUUUUCAAGUAGAAAAAUUCGAUACGGAAUAGUUACAUACCACCUCGUAUCGAAGUCCGAGUCCGAUACGGGUCGGUACGUAUCGCUUGUACAUUGCACGUGUAACAUCUUGAACGCCCAAAAUUGACCCGAUAGGUACCGAUACACUCCAAUUUCUUUCUUGAAAAUCUUGGUCGUUUCAUUUGGAUUCAUGAUAUGGGGGUGAAGGGAUUUUUGUCAAUUUAAGCAAAGCAAGAACUAUAAUGAAUCAAAUUAUUUAAAAAAAUAUAUUUUUAAUUUAACAGUUUUACUAAAACCAACUGAUAUUUAUAU